CUGUCUGUCUGUCUGUCUGUCUCUCUCUCGCCGCCAUUUGAAGUCUCUCCUCGUGUGCGCGCUCCCGCCUGUCUACCGCUCCCCCGAAACGCUGAGGCCAGUUUACACACACACACGCACACACACUCUCUCUCUCUCACACAGCCCAGAUUUUUCCAGCGCAGUUGGGGAAGAGAAGAUGGUGGAGGAGCUCCGUCUGUGUCCGUCCCCCUGCUCCUCCUCGCCGGGCUGAGAGCAGAGCGCCGUGCGGCUCGGGGUGGUGGGCUCCGCGGAGGGGGCGACAAACACGCCAACUAACGGACGGAAGAGGCGCAGAAGCGGCUCUGCGCGCGCGCGUGCCGCCUGGCACUGACAUGCCAACAGAGAGAGAGAGACAGACAGAGAGACAGACAGACAGCGAGAGAGAGACACGACAAAACCGCUCCAGCAGGGCAGCCGCUCACUAACUCCCUCACUGCGAGCCGCCUCUCGGGGAUUUAACGCCAGCGGGUCUCCUGUUUCUCCGCUGUGUGUAACGGCUGGACGGAGGAGGUGGAGGAGGAGGCCGUUAUUAUGGAGGAGCUGCGCCGGGCUGAGCUGCUUCUCCUCCGCGUGGCGUUCCGAGCCGCCGCCGCCGCCGCUGCCCAGCCGACCGACGGCCUGAACUUCACCGUGGAAAACAUGAGCUACCGCUGCCGGAUUAAACUCCCCACCGCCCGGCGGUCUCCGAGCGUUUAAGGAGGCCAGCCGACUGUUUGUGCUCACUAAGCCAUAAAAGGAGUGCGGGAGGAGGAGAGGAGGAGAGGAGGAGGUAAAGAAGGGAAAUAAGUUGUUUUUUCCUCACUUGCUCCGGUUCUCACAGCAUGUUUGGGGCUGACGUUAAUCUGCUCCGGUUUUCAGUUAUUUUGGUAUCGUGUGUGUGUGUGUGAGAGUGUGUGUGUGUGUGUGAGUGUGUGUGAGCCAGAUGUGAACAGCCGUGUUGUGGCUACUCGCUAAAGGGAACGUCACUUUAGCACUUUUACGGCUGUUUUUAUGCUAUUUUCGUCGAAGUCGUCAGGCUGCCGUGCGAUGUUUUGAGCGCGGGGACGCGGAGGGGUGAUAUCCGGAUUGGGAGUUCAGGAAAGGACGGGGCUCCUCCAUGGGAAUAGGCCCAACAUGCCCCUCUCCACAGCGCGGGCAUGAGGGGCUAAAUGGGCUCCGGUGGGUAGAAAAAGGGGAAAAAACUACCACAAUGUCUUAAAAACAGCCUCGCUGCUCGUGUGAAGUGCUAAAGAAGCUGGAAUAGUUCCCGUGUGAGGGGAAGUAUUUGACGUUAGGGAGUUUGGAAACCGUCUGUUUGGAGUUGACGUGCUCGAAAAUGGGGGGUGGUGUUGUUGUAAACUCCAUUUUUCGUUUCCCUUAAACUCGUAACUCACCAGGCCUCGUUUUAAUGAACGAGGAACAUAAAAAACAUGCAGCGACUGGAAGCAGCUGCAGGUAGAAAAGGGCGUCUGUCAUCUGUAAAUAUGGAGAUUGUAGUUGUUUUCACUGACUUUGCAUGUAAAGGGAAAGGGAAUUUGUGACAUUGAGGGCCGAGGGAGGACUACAAAGAUUAAAAAAAGGAAAACAAGUCACUUUUGGGGUGCUAAAAGUAUUUCUUUGACCUGUAAUUGUGCGUAAGUGUGGAUUAGGAGUGAGUGUGUGGGCUUGAGGGCGAUGUGUUUUACUCAGAAGGCCGGAGCGGAUGAACGGCAUUUUCAGCCUUGGCAAGAGCAAAAGUACACACAAGUGCCUCAGAGCCUCGGAGCAUAAUGGGAUCUGAGUGCUGACGCAACCCGAGCCUGGAUAAUGAACUGCUCAAGAGUCUGAGACGGUCCAUCACAAGACCCAAGGGCUCAGAGGAGCACGGGAACACGUCUGCUCUUAGGCUGGGCUCAGAAACUGUGCUCUGUUUGCCUUCAACGCUCCAUCCGCCUUCAUCUUCUCUCCGCAAAGCAUCCCCGAGUGACAUGCGAUUAGACUAACCGGGCCCCAAGCUGACUUGUCAUGGCAUCUCCACGACAGCAGUGGGAGCGACCCACCCGGAGCACGGAGGUCAGCUGUGACAGCAAAGGAGGAGGUUUGACCGUACGGGUUAUGGACGCUCACCCGGAACCGGAGAACGGGGGCAAGGGUGCGGGCGAGGCGGGGCUGAUGGGAGCCCCCAAACCCUGCAAGUACAGCAUUUCGUCCAGCUGCAGCAGCUCAGGGGAGUCCGACGUCCGCAGGACCGUGACGACCAGCCUGCGCAGUCAGAGGGCCGUGCCGCAGCUGUUCGAGCGCUCGGCCGCGCAGUGCUGGGACCCCAAAUUUGACUCGGCCAUCCUGGAGGAGGCGUGCAGGGAGAGGUGCUUCCCGCAGACGCAGAGGCGCUUCCGCUACGUGCUCUUCUACCUGUUCACUGCCGCGAUCCUCUGGGGCAUCUACUUUGGGAUCAACGGCUCCCAGUGCGAUCUCGCAACCUUCUUGCUCCCGACGGCCAGCUUCCUGGUCCUGUGCCUCCUCCUGUUUUUCUUCACCUUCUCGCGGCCUUAUGUGCGGCUCUAUAACCAGGCCUCCCUGCUUCUCAUCAUUGUCACGUUUGGUGUCACGUUGGCGCCACAGACGCAGACGGCCAGCUUCUUUCACUAUGAGUGGCAGCGGGAGGGCAACAGGACUCUGACGCCGCCUGAUCCCGCUCCAUGUAUCUCGCCAGUAGGAACUUUUUCUCUGUGCAUGGAGGUGCUGCUCCUGCUCUACAGCAUGCUCCACCUGAGACUGUACGCCUCUGUUCUGCUGGGGCUCCUAUACUCGGUUCUGUUUGAGACCCUUGGUUGGCUUCACCUGACACAGGUAGAAGCCAACGGGUCCUUGUUGUGGCUGGCACCGGGCAAAGUCCUCCUCCAUCUGUGCGCCCAUGUGAUUGGCAUGCACCUGUUCAUCAUGUCAGAGGUGCGCUCACGCAGCACCUUCCUGAAGGUGGGCCAGGCCAUCAUGCAUGGGAAGGAGCUGGAGGUUGAGAAGGCACUCAAAGAGCGCAUGAUCCACUCCGUAAUGCCGCGCGUGGUGGCCGACGAGCUGAUGAAGCAGGGUGAUGACGAGAGCGAGAAUUCCGGCAAGCGCUACAGCACCACAGGGACUUGCCAGACGUCUGCCUCUGCUUGCCCAGCUUCAUCUUCCAGUCCUAAGAACAACAAGCGCAAGAAGACCUCCAUCCCACGUGGGCAGAUCAUCUUCCGGCCCUUCAACAUGAAGCGCAUGGAGCCUGUCAGCAUCCUGUUUGCUGACAUUGUAGGCUUCACCAAGAUGAGCGCCAACAAGUCAGCGCAUGCUCUGGUGGGGCUCCUUAAUGACCUCUUUGGACGCUUCGACCGCCUGUGCGAGCUGACGCGAUGCGAGAAGAUCAGCACGCUAGGUGACUGCUACUACUGCGUGGCCGGCUGCCCUGAGCCGCGUGAGGACCACGCCUACUGCUGCGUGGAGAUGGGCCUGGGUAUGAUCCAGGCCAUCGAGCAGUUCUGUCAGGAGACGCGUGAGACGGUGGACAUGCGCGUAGGCGUGCACACGGGAACAGUACUGUGCGGCAUCCUGGGCAUGAAACGCUUCAAGUUUGAUGUGUGGUCCAACGACGUCAACCUGGCCAACCUCAUGGAGCAGCUGGGCAUGGCCGGGAAGGUGCACCUUUCGGAGGCCACAGCCAGCUUUCUAGAUGACCGCUACGAGAGGGAGGACGGGAGGGUGCUGGAACGGGCAGGACAGACCGUCACAGAUCAGCUGAAAGGGUUAAAGACGUAUUUGAUCUCUGCGAGGAAAGUGGGCUCACAGUGUGGACAUUCUCAGAACUGGGAGCACCGGGACCGUCUGGGACGAGACAUCGGAGAAACACUCAGUCCAUCUCCACAUAUACACACCUCAGAACUCACCCACUCCGCCAUGGCAGAACACGUCAAGACUCCUUGCACACCCUCAGGUAUUGUGGUGGAUCCUGGUGGGAAUCCGAUGGCUGACGAGGCCACCCUGAACGGCUGCCAGGAUGAGCACAGGGCCAACAGCAGCAAGUUGCCAGCUGGACGGAGCCCCAAAGCCGUGAAUGGUCUGCUGAGCCCACUCUGCGAGGAAGGUGUGCGAGCCAGCCAGACGUCUCUGUGUGAGAUGCUGCAGAAGGAGAGGAGUCUUGGGGGAGGAGCAGGAGGAGGCAGCAGUGCUCCGGUGUCGAUGGGAGGAGCCACAGGAAUGGACCACUCAGCUCUCAUCCCGCUACGGACCAAAGGGUUCCGGGAGAAGAGUGACGGGCACUUCGUGGAUGUGAUCAAGGAGGACAGUUUGAUGAAGGAUUAUUUCUUCAAGCCACCGAUCAACAAGCUGAGUCUGAACUUCCUCGAGAAAUCUCUGGAGUCAGCCUACCGCACCAGCUACCAGCAAGAGGUGGUGAAUCAUGCCCCCGUGCAGACAUUUGCUAGUCCAGUCUUCAGCUCUCUGCUGGACGUCUUGCUGUCGUGUGCCGUUUUCCUCGCCCUCACACUCGCCUGCUUCCUGUAUCUGGUUACCAUGAAGACGCCACCUGCAAUCACAUAUGGCUUGGCGGCCGCCGCUGCUUUAUUAGAGCUCGUCUCUCUGGUUCUGUCCAUCCGUAUGACGUUCUAUCUGGAUGACGUGCUGAGCUGCACGCAGUCUCUGCUGAAGGUGGUCUCCGGCUGGGUCCCUCGUCAUGUGAUCGGCGCUGUGCUCGUCUCGCUUCCUGCCAUAUCGGUCUUCUCUCAUCUGGCCUACAGCCUCUACCUGCCCAACCAGGUAACAAUGUUCCUGUGCAGCGCCAUCAUCAUCGCCAUCAUCCAGUACUGCAAUUUCUGCCAGCUGAGCUUCUGGAUGCGCUCUGUUCUGGCCACUGCCACUGGAAUCUCUCUGAUCGCUGUGCUCUUCAGCAUCCCCAGUAGGCCGAGCCCCAGCGACAGCUUUCCAGUGACCGGGAACCUGAGCAAUAUAAGUAUUGAUGUGGAUUCCAGCCCGACUUCCACAGCACUGGAUCUGCUGAUUAGGGAGACACCACUGUCGUUCUUCUUGCUGCUUCUACUCGUCUGGUUCCUCAACCGCGAGUUUGAGGUCAGCUACCGUCUGCAUUACCAUGGCAAUGUGGAGGCUGACAAGCACCGCAUCAAGAUCCAGAACAUGCGAGACCAGGCAGACUGGUUACUGCGAAACAUCAUCCCUAUCCACGUAGCCGAGCAGCUGAAAGUCACGCAGAGCUACUCCAAGAACCAUGACAACGUUGGUGUGAUCUUUGCGAGCAUCGUGAACUUCAGCGAGUUCUAUGAGGAGAGCUACGAAGGUGGCAAGGAGUGUUACCGCGUGCUGAACGAGCUGAUCGGAGACUUUGACGAGCUCCUGCGCAAGCCCGCGUUCUCCAAUGUGGAGAAGAUAAAGACCAUCGGAGCCACCUACAUGGCGGCGUCUGGCUUGAACGGACGUCAGUGCCGCGAGCAGACGCACCCCCACGCCCACCUGUGCGCCCUCUUUGAGUUUGCGCUGGAGAUGAUGCGCGUGGUGGACGACUUCAACAAGAACAUGCUGGGCUUCCAGUUCAAGCUGAGAAUCGGCUUCAACCACGGCCCGCUGACUGCCGGGGUCAUCGGCACCACCAAGCUGCUUUAUGACAUCUGGGGUGACACGGUGAACAUCGCCAGCCGCAUGGACAGCACAGGCGUGGAGUGCCGCGUUCAGGUCAGCGAGGAGAGCCACUGCGUCCUCAGCGGGAUGAACUACGCGUUCGAUUACCGCGGCACUGUUAACGUUAAGGGGAAAGGCCAGAUGAGGACCUACCUGUACCCCAAACUUAACGAGAGCGGGCCGGGGUCCAAGCAAAAGCCGGCUGGCUCCUCAGAGCCUCAGGGCAAGGAAGAGGGCGUCGUUGAGGAGAGCAUCAGCAAACCCAGUGUAGCACUCGGCAUGGCCCCCAACACUAUACCCGCAUCACUGGCUGUAGCUGACCACCUUCGGUCCUCUUCUUCCACUAGUGCCUGUCGUAGCAACUGUGAGGUGCCACAGGGACCUAGCGUGGGCCCAUCUAAGUUGUCUGAGGAGUGGCACAAAGACCCUUUUAGAGACCCUGUGCUUACAGGCAAGGCUGAGGAGAGAUUCCCUGCUCCUCAUGCACCCACUUUGAGUGGCACACAGCCACCGUUAAUAGCACAGUUAAGCGCUCCGCUGGCCAGACCAGAGACACCUUUACGAGGGGAGGAAGAGGAGGAGGAAGAAGAGGCAAACGAGUAUUCGAGACUCCGAAUGGGGGAGAGGCUUUGAUCUGCCUCUGCAGCUGCUGAUCUUUACUGUCUGUCUGCCUCUUGCCUCUUUUUCCUCUCGUUUUUCUCUCUCUCUCGCUCUCUUUUCUGGGGUAAGAGGGUAUAAAUUACUGAGGUUCACCUCCUGAGGUGCCUUAAUAGUCACAUAUUAGAUGUAGGAGUCUACAGCGCAGCAGCCUGUUGGGCCUCCUGCUUAAAAGAACUUGACAACAGUGGAAAAAAGAAAUGUAAGCUUGUUCAGGGGGUUCGCUGUGUGGAUCACAGUCUGGCACAAAAUGGAACGCAGGAAAAUGGAGGGCAGCGAGUUUCAUUUUCGGAUGUUCUUGUUAUUUUGGUAAUGUGUUUUUCUUUUGUGUGUGUGUUUAUUAAGUGCCUUCAGGAUAAAUGAGUUAAAUGAACACGAUCGGUGAAAUUGAUGAACAAAUCAGAGACGAUGGAACAAUGUUAGCCUGCCGUUUUUAAAGAUUAUGAAAACGGACGUCUCUGUGGAUGGGUUUUUUUUUUUUUUUUUUUUAUGCAAUUUGUCAAUAUAUUACAAUUAUUUUUGCUGUACUCAUUUCUUAAUUUCAAAAAUAGUUAUUGUCCGAUUCGAGGUGCGACCUUGUGGACGAAAAGUGCCAGUUGCUAGUUUGUAAGCAGAAGUAUUCGAUGGUAGAUCAGGGGAAUAUAAUUGUUCGAUUGGAUCACUGCCCUUGGGCCUCGGGCGGUUGAUUCUUUCACAUCAGAGCACCGCAAAAGGCUUCGGAGAGUCGUUUUUGUUCGGAUUCCUGUUAAGACAUCAUCGGAUGUUCUCAGUUUGAGCUAUUCCUAUGGUUUUGGUUUUCGGCAGGUGGCUACUAGCUAGGAGGUGAGCACUAAGCAUAGGAAUGGCUGGGUUUGUGGUGAAAAAAGAUGAAAGGCAAAAGAUAUGAUAGCUGGAGAGAGAGGGAGAGAGCCCGUAUUAGCAUGUCUGGUAGCAAAGGGAUGCUCUUGAAUAACAUAAUGGAGAAGAAGGGCGGCGUAUCUGUCUGAAAUGCGUUGGCAUAUUAGACACAGCUAGCAGCAUGAACAAGGGUUGCUCCAGCUGUACGGAAGUUUAAACGUAGGCCGAAGCAUUUGCUAAGAUCAGGUUUACGCAAACGGGUUGCACCACAAAUGACUUCUUAUGCUGAACUUAGUAUCUACUAAAUAAUCCUAAUACCUCCCGAUAAGCAGAUGUAAGUGUUGAGGAACCAUCGGGAACCACAUAGAAAGCACAACAAAGACAAAAAAACAUGACCUUUUUGGUCAACUAAGCUUAAAACACUAACACUCCAUGCUGUGAUGUAACUUACAGAUCUGAUCAAUGUCCUGGCUUUAACUCCCAAUGGCUCAGUUCGUUGAGACUCAGCAGCUGCCGAAAGUCGCCGUUCCUUAAAGUCGCAAGGAAAUCUUAAAGCAUAAACAGACGCUGGCUGUAGGUAUUCAGUUUAGUUCAGUUCAGCUUGUGCACGUGGUUUAUAGAUGGUCCUGAACUUAAAGCGACGUAUGGAUUAUCUGUAACUAAGACCAACGGAGGAUUUGUGGUGCAACCAAGUCGAGUAGCAGGAUCGUUCGAAACUAACUAGGACUUGGGUCAAUUAGCUAAACUGGUGCAACCCAGUCCGUGGAAUUCCCAGCAAAUCCGCACUCCCAUGCCAAAUAUUAUGGGCGAUAAAAUCGCCAGACAAAUCUCACAAUUUGUGUUUUGUGUGACAUUUCAAAAAAGCCGCCAUUUGAUUUCUCGUCGGCUCUUUCUGCGUUCUCGUCGCAGCGCUAGCCUUACGUCACGUGAUGAUCUGCAGCAAUACGGUGGAACCCCUAAUUAAUAAAAGCUUCCGUCGCCAGCCCAACAGCCUUCAGCUCCAAAGCACAACGUUUCACUUAAGGGAAAUGCAGCAAAAGGAAUCGUAAGGGAUCGUAUUUUCUUUUCUUCCGACAGAAAAGCAUUUAUAAUCAUAUCCCAGUUAUUACUGUGAACGACUCUUGUGUAUUUUGUUCUAAGACGAUUUUUCUACAGAUUAUUUUUCGUAUCUCUUCUGAAGCGAGGCGUCCAGUCGAAUCGAGAGAACGUUCGGUUCCAGGACCAUUCGAGCUCCUGAAUCUUUUCGGUUUGUCCUGUUUCUCUUAACGCGUAGCCACAAAAAGUCACUCGAUUGUUUUCUCGCGCCGUGCCCUUAGCGUCUGAACUAUUCCAACCUUUUUUUUCUUGAUUUCUGCUCACAUAGUCGUGGCCUUGGUUGGGAAUGUUCUGCUGUACUGGUGAAUUAUUAAUGAAUUGUGCCACUUUAAUAGGGGUUGGUAUCUUUGGUGCAAUCGAGCCUUUUACGAAAAGGAAACACGUCGUCAAUGUUGAACAGAAUAUAUUGUAAUACAUUUUCAAUGGAUUUCCUUUUUGUUCGGCCAACUUUCAGUAGAAUUUUCUUUCUCUAGUGCCUCUAGUUUCUUUUUAGUGUGAGAAGGUGAUAAAUCGUAUGAGCCUUUAGUGAAAAUCUCAACCCCAUCUGUUGUAAGAGUCUCGCUUUCGCUCACUGUGGAAAAGACGAAGGGGUGCAUCCAGUGCCGGCCCCUAUCUUUCGGCCUCGGCCUCCGUUUAUGCUGGCUUUUUUCCCUGCGACUCGCUCUAGUUCUAGUUUGUCAUUGGGAACACUAGGGAAUAAUCUGUUGUAUGUGUAGUUGCGUGCAUUACAUUUCAGACAGAUAGCAACAACAAGGGGGGGGUAGGGUGCUCAGAUAGUCCUCACUUCCAGUUGGAAAUUUGGCAGGUUUCAUGUUAAUGUGGAGUGUAGUUGUGAGGCACUGCUGGCUUUUCACAAUGGACUCUUCAGAUCUGUGUAGUGCCAGUUAUUCGAAGCAGAGUCUUCUGAGUCCCCCCAGUUUUCUUUUUAUCUGUAGAAUUAGCAGUCUGGAACAAUGUAGUGCCUUUUUGCCAACCCUUCCUCAUCUACGACUGACAGAAGUUUGCCUGUAGCCUAUUUAGGUGUCUAUUACUUAAUACUUGUACUUCUUUGUUGUGCAUUUUAAUUCCAGACACCUUUUCUUUUCUUUUUUUUUGGAAAGAUAUUCAACACUGUGUAUCUUAAAACGUUGGGAUGGAUAAGGGAUAUUUUUUGCUAUUGAUUUUAUUGUACGGUGCACUGCUUUUCAACCACGCCACACUUAAGUCUGAGUACAGACGUUAUUAUUGUAUCACUCCAUGGGCAAAAAAAGAAAAAGGAAAAAAAAACAACGCAAGCUGACAGUAUUUAAACCUAAUUACUCAUGCAUAGUUAUAAUGUGUGUUUGAAUUUUUUUUUUUUUUUGAAGUAUCAAAUGAAUUUGUAUUUAUGAAUUUGCAUUAUGUGUAUGGAGUUAUUGUGCAGUCAUGGAGCCUGCUAUUAAGAAAAGAAAGGGGAAAAAAAGACCCGGCACACGUAAGGGCUCUUCUUCAGUGCGUAAAGGCGCGCCACCUUCACUCCAAACCCACCCGAACACAUAAGCUACGGUGCCGACACCCUGUGGAGACGGACGAGAAUUCAGCCCAAGUCUAAAAGUGCCCCCGUCUCAGUGCUGCUUAGAUGUUAUUUUACAAAAAAGAAGCACCACCAGAAAAAAUAGUCCAUUUUUUUUUUAUUCUUUUUUUUUUUUUAUUGCUGACGUCUCUCAUUAACUAUUAGUUAAUGUUGCAGUUCUUGUAGGGUCCUAGAAAGAAAUUCAGUGUUAUGAUUGCUUGGUGAAUCGUUUUCAGCAGCAGAGAGACUUAAAAAGGGAACUUUUUUCCCUUAAAAUUUCGGCGUAAUUCAGCUGAAAAGAUGUUUCAGUGGUUUGAUGUGAAAUGCGGUGUUGAGGAAGUGACUCUGAUUUCUUUACAGUUGAGAUGACGGGAACCAGGAGUCGUGAUGUCUACAACCAAAUUAUGGCCACUUUAUUUACAAAGGCGUCGCAGGAAAGGCUGUCCGAGCACUUAUUUCUAUCUCUUUGAACGAGAAGAGACUUGAAACCCGAAGGCCGAAUUACUGUUUCCGAAAUUCUAAGUAAAAUCAGACAAAAAUCUCAAAAUUUGGCUCAAUUAACGGCAAAGGUGUUUAGGUGUUCUUACUGCUCCUGCACAGAUCUGCGUAGGUUGCGGCUUAAAAAAAGCUCUUCUUUUACUUUAAGGCUGGGACUUUCCUGGCAAACAGACGCCGUGUUGAGCAUUUAAGGUUUUCCGAUUCAUUUUCCAACCAGGGAAUUGUCUCCUCCUCCUUUAUAAUUUCACUGUUACAGCAACCAGUGAACAGGCACACAUCUUCUGAGCCUUCAUUGUGUUGUUCUGGGGACGGUUUUGCCUUACAGCACCCUACACGUACCUCAGUGGAACAGUGUUUCAGGCUCCAGGCAGCAUAUUCACAACCAAUUCGCGCUAAAUGCUUUGGACAUCUGGUUCCUAUCGUGACCGCUGUGAACAAUUCUGACCUGAAAAGUGUCGCAUUUUACAUCCAACCGCUCUGAAUGACUCUGUGUACAUUAUAACGAAUAAAUCGUGCAGAAAUGCAGACACAUCGGUAUAAUUCCCCCUUUCCAAACACAAUUAUGCUGACACUGCUUUUACUGUACCCAGCUGUUUCAAGCCUCGUGGCACUCACUACUUCAUUUCAGUGUCCAUGUAAUCAAAGAAUGGGAAAUCUAUGUUGGCUGAGCUAAACAGUUGUAGAAAAUUUGUGCCUUUGUGUUUGAAACUUGAUGUAUCUGCGAUAAAUAUAAGUACAAAUCGAUCGAGUUUGGUGUGGUGCCAAAGGGGAAUUGUAAAGGAAAACAUGUGCCAUUGGAUGUACCUUUUAAUGAGUAUUAUAUUUGCUUGUGCCAACCGGGAGGGGGGCUGGGUUAUGUAUACCAAAGAGAUUGGAGCGAAAUUUGGACAGAAAUCUGUAGUUUGAUCUACACGGACAUGAUUUUUAUUUUACCAUCUGUCAAUAUUCUACCAUUGUGUAUUUUCAUGUAGUAUAUGUCACACAUUGAAUAUGAUUUCAGUUUUUUUGUGCACAUUUAUGCAUUUAAUCCAUACGUGAGCAUAAUCUGUAUACAUUUGCACAAUUCACUUUGUAUGUACAUAUCCAUAUGUAUUGUUUUAUUUGAAUUUUCAAAAUUGAAAAUACAUGUGCAUGUGCCAGAUUUUGAGAGCAGAAAAACAAUGAAUAAGGUAUUGUCACCGGUGUGUCGC